CCGAUCUCCGGUGACCUUGCGCAACUCGCCGGACACCUGGUGCCACCUUCUGAGGUCUCGGCGAAAGCCCUGCCCACCAUGACGCGCCUGAUCGCGGCCUGCGCGGCGCUGCUGUGCCUGGUAGCCACUGCCCAGGCCACCGGACCCUUGAAAGUCCAUCUCCGCAAGCUCCCGCUGGUGGCGGAGCAGCGGCAGCACCUGAAGGACAAGCACCGCCUCGUGACGCUGGCGCCGGCGGCAGAGAACGACGCCGAGCCCGUGCCCAUCACAAAUUUCAUGGAUGCCCAGUACUACGGCGAGAUCGGGCUGGGCUCCCCGCCCCAGAGCUUCCAGGUCAUCUUUGACACGGGCUCCUCCAACCUGUGGGUCCCCUCCUCCAAGUGCUCCUACCUCUCCGUCGCCUGCUACCUGCACUCCAAGUACUAUGCCGAGCGCUCGCACACCUACAAGGAGGACGGCCGCGAGUUUGCCAUCCAGUACGGCAGCGGGCAGCUGUCUGGCUUCCUGUCCCAGGACACGUUGAGCAUGGGGGGCCUCAAGGUGGAGGGGCAGGUGUUUGCAGAGGCCACGAUGGAGCCCAGCCUGGCCUUCAUCGCCGCCCGCUUCGACGGCAUCCUGGGCAUGGGCUUCCCCGAGAUUGCGGUGGGCAAGGUGACGCCGCCGUUUCAGAACAUGCUGCAGCAGUCGCUGCUGCCAGAGCCCGUCUUCUCCUUCUGGCUCAACCGCAAGGUGGAGGGGGAGGAGGGUGGCGAGCUGGUGCUGGGCGGUGUGGACCCGGAUCACUUUGUGGGGGAGCACACCUGGGUGCCCGUCACGCGCCGCGGCUUCUGGCAGUUUAAGAUGGACGGCAUGGAGGUGGAGGGCGGCGGCGAGUUCUGUAAGGGGGGCUGCCAGGCCAUCGCUGACACCGGCACCUCGCUGCUGGUGGGCCCGCCAGACGUGAUUGAUGCCAUCAAUGCGGCCAUCGGCGCGGAGCCGGUGCUGGUGGAGCAGUGCAAGGAGAUGGUGCACCAGUACCUGCCCGAGAUCAUCAAGCUGAUCAACAACAUGCCGCCCCAGGCGGUCUGCCAGUCGGUGGGCCUGUGCAGCGCAGCAGGCGUGGGCGAGGACCGCCGCGUGCUUUCCAAGAGCGCCCAGUACCGCCGCCUGCUCAAGAUGUACGGCCAGCAGCAGGGCCAGGAGCAGCCGCUGGCGGCGGGCACAGGGGAGGGCGAGGAGGAGGCGCAGGCCGGCGGUGUGGGCGGCGCCGCAGCCAACGACAGCUGUGAGAUGUGCCAGUUUGUGGUCCAGUACCUUAAGAUCGCUCUGGCCAACAACGAGACCAUGGCGCAGAUCAUGCACAACCUGGACCGCGCCUGCGAGACCUUCUCCUUUGGCAGCGGCGGCGAGUCGGUGGUAGACUGCAAGGCCCUGCACAAGAUGCCCUCCAUUGCCUUCACUGUGGGCGGCAAGGAGUUUGUGCUGGGGCCGGAGCAGUACGUGCUCAAGAUCGGCAGCAUGGGCGAGGAGCAGUGUGUGAGCGGGUUCAUGGGCCUGGACAUCCCGCCCCCGCUGGGCCCGCUGUGGAUCCUGGGGGACAUGUUCAUCGGCCCCUACCACACCGUUUUUGAUUACGGCAAUGAGCGCGUGGGCUUUGCCCAGGCCGCCUGAGGUUGCAGUUGCCAGCCGUCCAUGCGGCGUGUGGCGCAAGUUGUGCUCUCUUCGGUCUGUACAUUCAUCUCCCUGCCGCCCUCUCCCUGCAAUAGUGAUGCAUACAUUUCACGCAUGCCAGGCCCUUUUUCCUAUGCCCGCACCCUCCUCGUGCGUGAGGAGCUGCUGUGAAUGCAUGCCCUC